AUGCACAUUGCUCCCAUCUAUUAUCUUGAGCACUUAAGAGAUGAAGAUUGUUGGCAACUGUUUGCCAAGCAUGCAUUUGACAACGAAGAUUUAAAUGCAUAUCCAGACUUGGUAACAAUUGGUAGAAGAGUUUCUGAAAAGUGCAAGGGCUUGCCCUUAGCUGUAAAAACACUUGGAGGUGUCUUGUGCUAUAGACUAGAUGUUGCAAAAUGGAAAAGAAUAUCAGUGAAGGAGAUUCGGCAUUUCUUAGAUAAUGAGAGCAAUAUUCUACCAGCUUUGAGGGAAUAUUGUUUUACAUUUGAAGAGGCCAACUCCAAGGAAGACAUGAUGAAGCACAUGUCUGAAUUGAUUGGUGAACUAAAGCUUCUUCCCUUCCCUGACCUCUCUAGAACUUCAAUCGAAAGUUUGCCAGAACCUAAGGUUGCAAGUGUUAAGGAUGCAUCAGAAACUGAAUUGGUGGACAAGAAUUGUCUUGAAGCAUUAUGUUUGUCUUGGAAAGGCCAUACUAAUGAUUCAAAACAUGACAGAGAAAUACUUAAAGAGCUAUUGCCUUGCACAAACUUGAAAAUUCUUUCCAUUUAUGGAUAUGGAGGUAGAACAUGCCCAAAUUGCUACCCUCCCUCAAAACUCUCUAUAUUUACGGACUUAUGUGAAGUGCUGAGUGACGGUGCUGAGUUUUAUGGGUUCAGUGCAUCUAAUUCCAUGAGAAAGCUAUUUGCAUCACUGGAAUUCUUAAGUUUCAGUGAGAUGUUAGCAUGGGAAGAAUGGUCUUCAAUUGAAGCUGAAGAUGGUGAAGUUUUCCCUAGGCUUCAGCAAACUGAAAUAUAUAUCUGUGGCAGGCUAAAUACUGCUGAUUUGCCUCACACCGUUCCAUGUUCAGCUAAGCUUAUACUUGAUGGAAGCAAGGUUCUAGUUUCAUCACUCCCAAGGACUUCAGCUAUCCAAGACUUGAAGUUAGACAAGUGUGAAGAACCACAGCUGCAGCAACCUAACCAACAGUGGAAUCACAUAGAAUUGACGGAUGUCAUGGUGUAG